AUGAGCAAGCUCUUCAAACCCAUCCAGGUCGGGCGCAUGGAGCUCUCCACCCGCCUGGCCAUGGCCCCGAUGACUCGUUUUCGUGUCGACGAGGACCACAACCCGCUGCCCAUGGUGAAGGAAUACUACGAGCAGCGCGGCUCAACACCAGGAACCCUUCUUAUCACCGAAGCCACCAUCAUCUCCCCCCAAGCCGGCGGCUACAGAGCCGUACCAGGCAUCUAUACCGACUCCCAGAUCGCCGCCUGGAAGGAAGUCACCGACGCCGUCCACGCUAAGGGCUCCUACAUCUACCUCCAGCUCUGGGCACUCGGCCGCGUCACAGACCCAACUUACCUCCCCGAACUAGGCGACUACGACGUCGUCUCCGCAAGCGACAUCCCUGCCGGCGAGGGCGCAGCCAAGCCGCGCCCACUCUCCGAGUCCGAGAUCCAGACCUACAUCCAAGACUAUGCGCAAGCCGCGCGUAAUGCCGUCGCCGCUGGUUUCGACGGUGUCGAGAUCCACGGUGCAAAUGGAUACCUGAUCGACCAGUUUAUCCAGGAUGUCUCGAAUAAGCGCAUCGACGCUUGGGGCGGCAGCGUCGAAAACCGCGCUCGCUUCGCGCUGGAGACCACUCGGGCCGUGGUUGAUGCCAUUGGCGCAGACCGAAUGCGCAUGGCCGACCCGAUUCCUCAAUUCACCUAUCUGGCCUCGGAGAUGGCUAAGCUGAAGCUUGCCUAUACGCAUAUUGUCGAGUCCCGGGUUGCGGGUAAUGCCGACAUCGAGGAGACCUCCGAUGGACUGGAGUUCUUCCUGGAGGCGUAUGGAAAUGCCACGCCGGUUAUUAUUGCUGGUGGUUAUAAGGCUGAUACGGCUCUGGAGGCUAUUGAUGGCAAGUAUCAGCAGUAUGAUGCUAUUAUUGGGUUUGGUCGGCCGUGGACGUCGAACCCGGAUCUGCCUUUCCGACUCAAGGCUAAUGUCCCGCUUGUGCCUUAUGACCGGGAUACGUUCUAUAAUGCCGGGUCAUCUAAGGGCUAUAUAGAUUGGGACUUUAGCCCUGAGUUUAAGACUACCCAAGUAGGGGCUUAG